AUGUUUCUGCUUGUUUGCAUACUGGUAGUUGGGAUUGUACGAGCGAUUCCCAUUGACAACGGUGUAGAAGGAGAACCCGAGAUUGAGUGUGGGCCGAGCACGAUCACCAUUAACUUCAACACCAGAAAUCCCUUCGAGGGUCACGUCUACGUGAAAGGACUCUACGACCAACCUGGCUGCCGGAGCGAUGAGGGUGGCAGACAGGUGGCCGGCAUAGAACUGCCAUUCGACACCUGCAACACGGCCAGAACGAGAUCGCUUAACCCUCGCGGAGUUUUCAUCUCGACAACCGUAGUCAUCUCCUUCCAUCCACAGUUUGUGACUAAAGUUGAUCGAGCUUACCGAAUCCAAUGCUUCUACAUGGAAGCCGAUAAAACCGUCAGCACACAAAUCGAAGUUUCUGACCUCACCACUGCCUUCCAAACGCAAGUGGUACCUAUGCCUAUCUGCAAGUACGAAAUUCUAGAUGGAGGACCGACUGGCGCUCCUAUUCAAUUCGCCACUAUCGGACAGCAAGUUUACCACAAAUGGACCUGUGAUUCUGAAACUACUGAUACGUUCUGCGCUAUUGUGCACUCAUGUACGGUGGACGAUGGGAACGGGGAUACGGUACAGAUUCUCAAUGACGAGGGGUGUGCUCUCGAUAAAUUCCUUCUCAACAAUCUAGAAUAUCCGACGGAUUUGAUGGCUGGGCAGGAGGCCCACGUCUACAAAUAUGCUGAUAGGUUUGUAUUUAUAGAAAGACACAUCACAAUCAAAGAACCAAACACAGAAUGUGCACGACCACAGUGUCCUGAACCACAAGGAUUCGGUGCCACGAAGGUAAUUUUGAGACAUUGA